AUGCACCAGCAGAGGCGGGCAAGGCCGGGACUUGAUUUUCCCCGCCCACUGAUAGGGACAACUCAAGAGGAAACCUGUGGUUCAAGGUUUAAUAUUGGUACCCUGAAACACCAUUCUUUCCGCCAAUCAGUUCCAAAACGAUACCAAGAACCCAAAAGGGCACCAGUUCCGCAUCUGCAUGGUUCUGUUAAGUCUCUCUCUGCUGGGGGGGGGGGGGAAUGGGGGCGCAAAAUCUUUCUCAUUCAGGUCAACAGCAGCCCAGGAUUCACAUUAGCCCGCAAAUACAUGCUUGGUGUUAUUGCUUCCAUCUCUCUCUCUCUCUCUCUCUCUCUCUCUCUCUACUCGAUAACCUUUUGGGGUAAAGAAAUGGUAGCCAACACGGAGAAGCCAGAUAAAAGGCUCUUCCAUGUGGAUGAAAACUCGGUCGGAACCUGCUCGUCCCAUCCCAAGUCCUUCUUCCAUAGCUCACUCGAAAGGAUACGAUCUCGCAAGGAAACAGGCAAAUAUAAUAACAAAGGGUCAAAGACACUUGCUGCUUCCGCAAAUAUUACUAAAUUAAGCAGAUUUCCCAAAUGGAAGAAUGAAGAAGAAAAAGAAAAUGCCACGUUUGAUGAGUUGCGAAUCUUCUCACCUGACAGCAACUCAGAGAAUUUUGUGGCAUCAACAGAACUUGCAAAAGCUGUGCAGUAUAAUUAUGAUGAUGAGGGUUAUUUUGAGACAGCUGCAGAUGCAGAGAAGUGUAAGCGUUCCAACAAUAUUAUGCGCUGUCAAAGUAUAUUGGAUCCUUUUGUAUGGGUAACUUACAAAGCACAGCUUGCACAGUGCUCCAGUGAUGAAAGCUUCUCUGUUCAAAAAACAUCCUUUGCCCUAACUGUCAAGGCCAAAUAUGAUGAACAACAUGGUGAUUAUCUCUACUGUUUCCAAGGGCAAGUCUACCUUGACUUGGAAAUGUACCAAAAUGCACUGGAAGCCUUUAUAAAAGCAGCCACUCUAGUACCUGACCAAAUUGUCUACAAAGCCAAAUGUUGUAGUUGCCUCAUAAAUCUAAAAUGUUUUGACCAAGCCUGGGUGAUUUUGAACAAACUCUUAAAUCAGAAUCCAAACAACACAGACUUGAUUUUGAUGAAAGCGCGCCUUUAUCAUAUCACUGGUGAGUAUUCGUCUUCAUUCCAAGCUAUCAAAGCUGUACUGAGCCAGGGUGAAAAUUCUAUUGCAUCAAUGAUGUUGGAACAAGUAACUAGCAAAGCUGAACAAUUUAGAUGUGAAGCCAUGAAUCUCAACAUUCAAAAACAGUUCUAUCCUGCCAUCAAAAAAAUCAGUUUAUCCAUCAGCCUUUACCCAACAGAAGCCAAAUCCUACCUUCUUAGAGGAAUUCUACAUCGUCAUGUUGAAGACUUUAAUAGUUCUAUUGAUGAUUUGGUAAUGGCUCUGAAGAAGUGUAGCCUUACAGAGAAAGAAAACAUUCAGAAAGAGGCUCAACAUCAACUCCUCCUUACUUUCAAUGAUUUUUCUCUGGAAUGUUUUGCCAAAGGAUUUCUUGAUGAAGCUAUUCAGCUACUCAACAGAGCAAUAGCAGGCGAGAAAAAUGAAAAGGGUCUUUAUUUGAAUAGAGCAGAGUGUUUCUACCAAAAGAUGAAAUAUAAUUUCUCCUUGCAAGACUAUCAACAAGCCCUUGAGCUGGACCCCAAUGACACAAGCAUUCUUCCAAAAAUUGCUUCUGUCUAUUAUGUAAUUGGAGUGGAAAAAUACAUGAAUAGGAAUUAUGAGGAUGCCCUCAAGACUUUAACUUUGGCUAUUGAGCAUGCUCCAACAACGGGACAAUAUUACAUCACCAGAUGUAAAUGUUUUCAGAUGUUACAGAAAUUGAAUUGUGCAAGGUGCGAUCUUAUGAUUGGUAUGCAACUGAUCCCAACAAACAAGCAGAUAAUCCCUCUCCUUGCAUAUCUUUUUCCAAGCACUUCUUUUGCUGACAUCAUGGCUCAUCCUUUGGCUAUCCAAGCCAAAUACAUUGUACAAAAUUUGCUAAACAGGCCCAAAUCCACGCACUAUUUUCCACCAUUGUCAAAUGAUCAGAGUAACCAGAAUGAUGAGAAUUGCUUAGAUAGUCCAUCAGUAGCGGCUAAAAAUGGAUUUGUAUCAAGAAAUACCAAAUUAUCAACAUUGUCUAACAAUUCCAUAUCAACUGUUGACCUUGUAUGGCAAAAGAAAAAGAUUAACUGUAAGAUCCAAGAGAGAUUGAAGAAAUGUAAACCUCCAAAACCAAUUGAUGCGAGUCUGGACUUGAAGCCCACUGGGCCAAACUGGAUCAAUCCAUGGAAGGUGAUCCACAGAUCAACUUGGCAAAGAAAUAUGUUAAAGAGAAGGACUGAAGACCUACAAGUAGGAUGA